AUGAAAGCUGGUAGAUUGGUGUUAAUUGUGGUGGGUAUUGCCUUCCAUCUCACCUACUUAUGGUCCAUCUUUGACAUUUACUUUGUCUCGCCCUUGGUUCAUGGGAUGGGUCAAUAUAAAAGCAUUGCCAAGCCCCCUGCCAAAAGAUUGUUCUUGAUUGUUGGGGAUGGGUUAAGAGCUGACACCACCUUCGCCAAAAUCGCAUAUAAUAGCACCGAGGAACCACGAUUCUUGGCCCCUUAUCUUCGGUCUAUCGUUUUGAAUAAUGGGACUUAUGGGGUUUCUCAUACCAGAAUGCCUACUGAAUCAAGACCGGGCCAUGUGGCCAUGAUCGCUGGGUUUUACGAGGAUGUUAGUGCUGUUACCAAGGGAUGGAAGGAAAACCCAGUGGACUUUGACUCGGUUUUAAACCAGUCGUCCCAUACCUACUCUUUCGGGUCACCAGAUAUCUUGCCAAUGUUUGCCCAAGGGGCCUCUGAUUCCAACAGAAUAGAUACUUGGAUGUAUGGGCACGAAUUCGAAGAUUUCACCAAAUCAUCAAUCGAAUUAGAUGCUUUUGUUUUCAAACACUUAGACGAACUUUUCUACAAUUCCACCAUUAAUGAAACAUUAAACCAAGAAAUCCGUCAGGACCAAGUGAUUUUCUUUUUGCAUUUAUUGGGUUGUGACACUGCUGGCCAUAGUUACAGACCUUAUUCCAAGGAAUAUUAUGACAACGUUGAAUAUAUCGAUAAAAAGGUUAGCGAAUUGGUUCCAAAAGUUGAAGAAUUCUUUGGUGAUAAAGAAACCGCUUUUAUUUUCACCGCCGAUCAUGGUAUGUCAGCCUUAGGAUCCCAUGGUGAUGGCCAUCCUAAUAACACUAGAACUCCUUUAAUUGCUUUUGGCAAAGGUGUGAAUAAACCAAUUAUUGAUUAUAAUUUGCCAAAGUUUGUCGAAGUCGAGGAGUCUACUGGAAUUAGUGAUACUGCCGAUUGGGACUUGGAUCACGUCAAAAGAAAUGAUGUCAAACAAGCAGAUAUUGCCUCUCUUAUGUCAUACUUGGUCGGUAUCAAUUAUGCUUCGAACUCUGUUGGUAAGUUACCUUUGGAUUAUAUCGACACUGAUAAUCUUACAAAAUUGAAAGCGUUAUAUAAUAAUGCUUUGGGCUUUGUUGAACAAUAUUUGGUAAAAGAAUUUGAAGUCAGUAAUUCUCAAUUCAAUUUUAAACAUUUUAAGCAUUUUCAAGAAAAGCCAAUCAAAAAAUAUCAACAAGAAAUUGAAGAAUUGAUAGAAAAGAUUGCUAAUACUGAAGACGAAAACCUGAGCUUGGAUUUCGAGUUGCAAGGUAUCAAGAUUGCUGAAGAAUUGAUGACGAUGAGUCUUGAAGGUUUGACCUACUUGCAAACCUAUAAUUGGCAGUUAUUGAGAUCAGUUGUCACAUUAGGUUUCCUUGGGUGGAUUCUUUACUCAUUCAUGGUGUUCCUUAACUUGUAUGUAUUACACUACAGUGAAAAUUCGGACCAUGGCGAUAUAAAAUCUUCAUACUCCGCUUUAAUCUUAUUUUAUGCAGCUGGUACAGGUCUUAAUACUUUGUUCUAUAUUCAAAAAUCACCGGUAAUGUAUUAUAUUUAUGGCUCUUUCCCAGUAUUUUUCUGGCAACAACUCUUUUCCAAAAGAAGAAUUUUGGUUGAUGGGGUUCAACAUUUUUUUGCGAACACAAGUAUUGUCAAAAGAGGUUUGUACUUUGUGUCUAUUGUGGGAAUCUUUGAGUGUAUUACUUACGGGUUUUUCAAUAGAAAGAUCUUCUCCUUGUUGUUUGUUGUUUUAUCUAUUUAUCCUUUUGCCAUUGGUGGCAGCUCGUUCUUGCAAUCUCUCCUGUUCGCCAUUAAUUGUUUAUACAUGACUGGUUUCACAUGGUCUGAUGCCAUCAAAACUGAAAGCCUAUUGGAAAUAAAUGCUGCUGCUGUGUUAUUGAUUAUUGUUUGUGUUGUUGGCUUUUAUAAGAUCAAUAAAAUGAACUUGGGUACCAAAAACGAAUUGCAUUCAUACACUAAAUCAUUAUUAGGGGGUCAGAUCCUUUUAAUUAUUGGUUCAUUCAUUGCCACAAAUAUUUCUAUCAGAUCCUUGCAGGCAAGAACCGGUUUACCAUUGUUUUCCCAAGUGUUGGGAUGGUUGGUUGUUGUUAUUUCUUUGUUCUUUAUGCCACUCUUACAUUCUUACAAACCAAACAAGGAUCUCAAAUUGAGAUUAUUGAUCAUUUUCCUCACUUUUGCCCCACUUUUCUUGAUUUUGACAAUUUCUUUCGAGCUAUUGUUCUAUGUUGGUUAUUCGGUUCUCAUUUUACAAUGGAUUGAAAUCGAGACCAAUUACAAGAAGAACAAUGAACUAUCACUUGCAAAGAAGGAUAAGGCUAGCAAUGGUGAAAAUUGGCUUCAAAUUUUAAGAAUCUCAGUGAUUGGUUUCUUCUUGGCGCAAAUUGCCUUCUUUGGUACCGGUAAUAUUGCAUCCAUUUCCUCAUUUUCCCUUGAAAGUGUUUAUAGACUAAUUCCUGUGUUUGAUCCUUUCUCAAUGGGCGCUUUAUUGAUGAUCAAAUUGAUUGUUCCAUACGUGUUGCUCUCUGCUGGGCUUGGUAUAUUGAAUGUUUGUUUAGAUAUCAAGACUUUUACCAUUUCCACAUUGAUCAUUAGUAUUAGUGAUUUAUUGUCUUUGAACUUUUUCUUUUUGGUGAAGACUGAAGGUAGUUGGUUGGACAUUGGUAUGACGAUCUCCAAUUAUUGUAUUGCAAUUUUGGCAAGUUUGUUCAUUAUCCUUUUGGAGUUCUUUAGUCAAAUUGUGUUGAAAGGAGUGGAAAUCAACGGAUGGGAUAAUGAUCCCAAAGAAGCUAAACAACAAAAUCCAAAAAACUGA